AUGUAUUCAAGGAGUGAAGAGGAGCACGCCCAUAAUGGUAGGACUGUUUUGGAGACCCUUAGAAGCAAUAAGUUGUAUGCCAAAUUUUCUAAUUGUGAGUUUUGGUUGGAACAAGUUGCACUUUUAGGUCAUUACAUUCCUAAGGAGGGUGUUUCUAUGGAUCAUGCAAAGAUCAAUGCAGUUAGUGAGUGGCCUACUCCUAAAAAUGUGACCGAUGUUAGAAGCUUUUUGGGGUUGGCUGGGUAUUAUAGGAGGUUUGUCAAAGACUUUUCCAAGAUAGCCAGACCUAUGACCACCUUGAUGAAAAAGGAGACCAAAUUUGUGUGGGAUGAAAAGUGCGAAUUAGUUUUUCAAACCCUCAAAGACCAGUUGACUACCGCGCUAGUGUUAGCAUUGCCCAAUGGAAGUGAGGGAUUCGAGGUGUAUAGUGAUGCCUCGAAACAUGGAUUGUACCACGAGGGAAAGGCAAAUGUCGUUGCAAAUGCCCUUAGUAGGAAGUCGAGUCACAGUGUUAACGCCUUAGUGGUUGCCGAUGACUUAUGCGAAGAUAUAAAGAAGUUGAACCUUUAA